UUUGGCUGUUAAUUUAAUAAAGUAACUUAAUUACGUGAAUAAUGGUUGUUUAAUUUUUAUUAUAGUUACAAUUUUAUAAUAUAAAAUGGAGUCGUGUAGAGUUACGCACCUGGAAAGUUAAUAGUGCUUAUGGUGUCACAAUAUUAUUAUCCCCCCCUGCUGUAUCUCGUGUAGUCAGGCUGAGACAGUUGGGAGAGCUUCAGGUUCUUCACCAUGCAUUUAAGCAGUGGUUUGGAGCUGUUUCCGGAGUUCGCCGUGACUCAGUUGCUUUUCAAAGAUGUUAAAAACUGUGCAGAAUUGAGAAAGAUGGCAAUGGAGGGGAAAAUAGCCGGCGCCUUGAUAAACCCUUCCAUGGUGCUGGAUCCCUUCCAAACUGUACUAGCAGCAAAUAAAGCAGUUCACGUGCAGAAGAUAGGAAAAAUGAAGACAAGGAGCUUAUACUCUGAAAUCAUCUUCAACCUUUCACCAACAAACAAUAUCUCUGAGGCUUUUAAACGGUUUGGGAUCUCAGACAAUGACAAUGCAGUUCUCAUUGUCCUGGUUCAUAACAAAGAGGAAGCAUACAAUAAGGAUGAUGUCCUGUCUAAGGUGGACGGCCAGCAAAUCCCAGCUGAUCAAAUGUCCACGCUCAGUGAUCUUCCCAAGAUUAAAAAGGUUUACAAAGUUGCACCCCAAGAGGAAAAGUGUGGAAGUGUUUUGGAUGCUGUUAUCUGCAGAAUGGCUGCUAAGGAUGUUGUGUAGCUUACUUUCUAUUAUGUCAAAAUACCUGUUAUAUAUUUAUUUCUGUUUAAAUGUUAGAAGAUCAAAUCAAAGAGCUCCCAGCAUUGUGCUUUUAUUUCUGAGAGCACUGUGACAAAAGUGGAAAGAUAUAAGUGUUCAGUGUUUUGUGUGGGGGGAAAAAAGGAACCUUUAUUGCAGGUGUCAUUACCUCUGAUGGUUUAGGGCACAGGUACCCAACCCUGUACCCAACCCUGUACCCAACCCUGUACCCAACCCUGUUCUGCACAUUUUAGUGUUUUCUCUGCUCAGGUUGUAAACAUGUGCUGUAGGGGUUCACUGCUCAUGCCAAUUACCUGGAUUUGAUUCCUUUGUUAGCUUAACUUUGUUUCCCAAAGUGAGGUGGAAGCAAAAUAGUCAAAAUAUUAAAACUACUUUAUUGACCAAGUAGUGGAAAUAAACAAUA